GUGCAGUUCCUAUCCCAUUCUCCGUCGGGUGUACUUUCUUGCGAAACCGAGAGAGCGAAGGGGCAAACACAAUUUUUUUUAUCUUCUUUUUUAUUUUUUGUAGAGAGAGAGAGAGAGAAAAUGUUGGGGAUCUUCAGCAGUUCAGUGGUGUCGCCGCCGGAGGAGCUGGUGGCCGCUGGCAGCAGAACGCCGUCGCCGAAGACGACGGCGGGGAAGCUGCUGAACCGGUUCGUGGAGAGCAAGGCGUCGGCGGUGUCGCUGCAGGUGGGGGAACACGUGCAGUUGGCUUACACACACCACAACGAAUCACCGUGGCAUCCCAGAUCAUUUGCUGUUAAGGAUGAGAUAUUCUGCUUGUUUGAGGGGGCUCUAGACAAUUUGGGCAGCCUGAGACAACAGUAUGGACUGGCCAAGUCAGCCAAUGAAGUGAUUUUGGUGAUUGAGGCUUACAAAGCUUUACGUGAUCGAGCACCCUACCCUGCCAAUCGUGUUGUAUGCCAUCUCAGUGGGAGCUUUGCUUUCAUAGUGUUUGACAAGUCCACUUCUACCCUUUUUGUGGCUUCUGAUCAAGCUGGCAAGGUUCCUCUCUAUUGGGGAAUCACAGCUGAUGGUUACGUAGCAUUUGCUGAUGAUGCAGAUUUGCUUAAAGGUUCUUGUGGAAAGUCGCUUGCUUCUUUCCCUCAAGGAUGUUUCUACUCUACAGCAGUUGGAGGAUUGAGAUGCUAUGAAAAUCCAAAGAAUAAGAUUACUGCAGUCCCUGCUGAGGAAGAGGAAAUCUGGGGUGCAUUUUUCAAGGUGGAAGGAUCAACUGUUCUUGCAGCCACAGAGUAGAAGAUUCAUUUUCAAAUAGAGUACCGUGUGAUGCAUUAAUGGAGUAAUGCAUUUAUGUGCUUGUGACGGUAAGGCAUGCAUGAGGGGUCAUGUAAAUAAUGUUAAUGAUGACUAUGACAAGAGUGCGACUGGUGGAAGAGUUUAUUAUGGUGUUCAUUAGUUAGGAUUUUGUGUUUCUCAUGUACAGUUGCGCUUUCUAAUACAAUAAAAUAUAUGCUUUUGGCUUGAGAUUUUCUAA